AUGUUAAGGGUCGGAACUUAAGAUUCUUUUUCAAGAAAAAAUCAAUUUAAUUAAUUUCAUACUACUCCCAGCCAUCGCAAAACUUCAUAAACCAAGCCUCUAUCGAUUGAUCAGAUUCCAGACAAUGCAUUAGAAAAAUUUUAUUUGUAUAAGCAAAAAAAGAGUGAUGUGAGAAUGAAACAAUAAUUGAGCAAAUAAAGUUAACGAUCGUCUCAGAACUCCAUCGCCUAAACCAAUUAAUUCUUUAUUAAUGCCAAUUUCGUUAGUAAUUAAGGUGGUUAGCAAAAGCGUUCUGGACAAUCUGUUACUAUUGAAGCCAUUGAAUCAGUCAAAAGAACCAUAAAAACAGACAUGGGAAACCCUGCAUCAUUAUUAAACAAAGCAAAAAGCUUAGGUCAGGAUGAAUAAAUGCAAUAAGUUAAGCAUCAUAAUGUAGUUGUGAAAUUUGGCAACCAAGACUAUUACUUUUAUUUUGAAGCUCAUGCCAAUAUGAAAUCUGUUUGGUUUUAAAUUUUGUAAAGAUUGUAUGACAGUACAUUUGCCAAUCCCCAAGAAUGCUAUGCCAAUCUUAAGGACAAGCCAUCAGUCAAUUAAAUUGUUAGCUUUGUCUCCUAAUAACAUUCAAUACCAAUUGACUAUUAUGUAGCUCAACCAGAAUUACAAUUCAAUGUCUUCAUGAAUUCUGGUUUAAAGUUGGAGGCCUUCUUUCUACAAGCAUAAUCCGAACCUAAGGUUAGUUUGAAGGAUUUCAUUUUUUUGAAGAACAUCGGUGUAGGAGGUUUCUCUUUAGUUUAUUUGGUUAGAAAAAAAGACACUGGCAAAUUUUAUGCUCUCAAACUCAUUGAUAAGGAAUUCAUCAUAGCUAAGAAAAAGCAGUAAAUUGUAUUGAAUGAACGAAAUAUCAUGACUUUACUUAACAGUCCAUUCUUACUACAUUUAUCAUAUGCAUUCGAAUCAAGACAAUUCGUAGUUUUUGUUCUAGAGUUUUGUUAAGGCGGGGAAUUAUUUUACUAAUUGAAACAAAUCAAAAGAAUGAGUGAAGAAUAAGCCUGCUUCUACAUAGCAGAAAUUUGUUUGGGUCUACAUGAAAUUCAUUCGAUGAACAUUUUAUAUAGAGAUAUUAAACCUGAAAACAUCCUUAUGGACAUAGAAGGACAUGUUAGAAUUGCAGACUUUGGUCUAAGUAAACCAGAAAUAAGCAGAGAUGAAAAAGCAUAUAGUUUUUGUGGAUCUCCUGAAUAUAUGGCUCCUGAAAUGCUCUUGAAAUAAGGGCACUCAUAAACUGUUGAUUUUUAUUGUUUAGGUGCUUUACUUUAUGAAUUACUUACUGGAUUACCGCCUUACUAUUCAACAGACACAAAUUAAAUAUAUUAAGAUAUUCUCUAUUCAAAAUUAAGUUUCCCUAAUGAUAUAAAUUUAUCAAAGGAUGCGAAAAGUCUAUUGAUGCAAUUGUUAGAUAAAAACCCAAGCCAAAGAUUAGGAGCUUCUGGAGGAAUAUAAGAGAUCCUUCAACAUUCCUUUUUUGCUUAAAUCGACUUUAAAUUACUAACACUUAAAAAGGUUAAACCUCCAUUUCGCCCUGAUCCUUUAAAAAUGAAUUUGGAUGAGAAGGAAUCAUAAAAAGGAGAAUAAGAUUUUAGGAAAAUGAUUGCUUCGAAUAAAGGUGCUAAUUUACCUGCUAUUUUUGGGUCGUCAUUUUAUUAUGAAUCUCCCUAAGAGACUUAAAUAAAAUCAGUCUACAAAGAGUGGAUUGCACACACUAAUUUAUAGCCAAAUACUCCUUGUAUGGCAUCUUAUCAUAGUUAAGGAAGAUCAACUAAAUCCCAGGACAUAGUCCCUUUAGUUUAAUCUGUCAAGAAUAACCCUAGAUCUCGCUAAAUUUUGAAUCAAAAAUAAUAGUCAUAAAAAGCAGUUGGUUACAAAUCAUCUUUGGAAAAAAUAAAUUAAGAGAGAAGGUUCUUUUCAAAAAUUUGA